GCUGCAGCAGCAGGUUGGUGUGGUACAGAUAAACAGUCACUUCAAGCCUCGGUUGUUUAGAGCUCUAGUUGGCUCAAGCUUUUCUUACUCUGCGUUUUGUUACAGAGACGAGCGAAGGAAGACGAAAUCUUUUCUAAUGGCCCACCCGACUUGUUAAAGUUGUAUCCACAGUUUCUCUGUCACUCAGGAAUGCAAAGAUGCCUAAUUCUUUCAGCUCCCUCUCUACUGAGGCUCUUAUCCAAAAACACUUCCCUUUCGACUUGAUUUCCACCGGCAUUCAGCCUACAAACUCCUACACCACAGAGGGCUUCAUCUCUCCAACCACUAACAGCAGCAACAGCAGCAGCAUUCCUUCCUGCACCUACAAGGAGGACUUUAAGCGGAUUUUACUCCCAGCUGUGUACACUGUUGUCUUUGUGCUUGGUAUUCCUCUCAAUGCCACCGUCAUACUAAAGAUAUGGAGGACGAGUCCCAAUCUGUCCAGGAACAGCAUCUACAUGCUCAACUUGGCCAUAGCUGACUUUUUGUAUGUGAUGUCACUUCCUUUACUCAUUUACAACUACGCCAGUCAUGAUUAUUGGCCCUUUGGGGAGUUUACUUGCAAACUGGUCAGGUUUCAGUUCUACAGUAAUCUUCAUGGCAGCAUCCUGUUCCUCACUUGCAUCAGCGUACAGCGCUAUGUGGGCAUUUGCCAUCCUUUCGCAGUAUGGCACAAACAAGGUGGUCGCAAGAUGGCGUGGUGGAUCUGUGGAGGGGUGUGGCUUGUGGUCACCAUCCUGUGUGCACCAACUUUUUACUUUGCUGCAACGGGAACCCAACGCAACCGCACGGUGUGCUAUGACUUAAGCACGCCAAAGCAGUCCAUAGACUACUACCCUUACGGCAUGGCUCUGACAUUCCUCGGCUUCUUGCUGCCCUUAAUGGGUGUGAUGGUUUGCUACUGUCUGAUGGCCCACAUCCUCUGCCGGCCUGUGUCUUACCAGGGAGUCUCUGUGGCAACGGGAGAAAAACGGGAAAAGGCUGUAAGGAUGAUUAUUGUUGUCGCAGCAGUGUUUUGCAUAAGCUUCCUUCCAUUUCACCUUACUAAAACCAUGUAUCUGAUGGUGCGUACUUUUCCUGGUGCACCCUGUGAGAUGAGAAACCUGUUUUCGAUCAUCUAUAAGAGCACCAGGCCGUUCGCCAGCAUGAAUAGUAUUCUGGACCCUAUCUUAUUUUACUUCACUCAGCCACGCUACCGCCGGAGCACCAGAAGGUUUGUGCUCAGAGUCACCACCUUAAGGGACAAGGGUACUACUGUGUGAGCAGAAAGUGUUAAAGUGUUAAUUGUGAGCUUUAACUACAGCGUUACAGCCUCAAUGCUGCAUCAGGGGUGGAACCAACAAUAAUGCAUGCUUUACAAAAGGUGAAGGUAUUACAACAAAACAUGUUUCCUGGUUUUACUUCACUCAUAAGCUGUUGUCACUCAUCCUUCCAACUGUUGUUUACUGUUCUCUGUAAAGAGUUAAUAUGAUGGGAAAGACGCUCCACUAACACAAAAAUUGCAGUCUUGUAAUAUGAAUGGAAAACAUCAACAGUGUCUUUCUUUUAUCUUUAGUAGGCAUUUCCUAAGCACCAGACUUUGGGUGUGUUUUACUGUAUGAAAGCAGCCUAACAUGUGACUCUGAACAUACGGUCGGAUCAGGAUAUUGACAUCAGGUACUGAUCCUGUUGUUGCACAAGAAACAUAUUUGUUUAGAUGUGUAAAUGGGCAAAGAGAGAAUGAUGGAACAGAUAUUUAUUUAUCUUAAAAACCACUAUGGGACUAAUCCAGAAUAAAUUCUUGAAAGUUAUUGCUUGUUAUUAAUUGCAUGAGGCAUGGCACUUACAGAAGUGGGGAGAUUGAGACUGGGUAUGAAAAACCUUUGCAUUUUUUUAUAUUGAUUGAAUGUUAAUAUUUUCAUUUGAAGGACUCUACUGUUUUGUUUUGUUUUUCUUUUUUUUUAUAGAAAAAGCUCCACGUUUCUGUUAUAUUGUUCAAGCUUAUUAAGAUGUUAUUACAUGUUUUCGCCACUAGAUGGUGUGAGAACAGCACUGCACUUCAUCAUGGCCUUACCUGGUAUAUAACUGGUAUGAUUUAUGCAGAAUGAGUCAAAUCUUACCAAUUACAGUCAAUGAUAAAGCAAAUCUGGCACAUCUGUCUCCCGGAAAACUACAAUAAGCCAUCACCAACCUAGGCCAGUAGGCUAGCAGCCAACGUUAAUGUACCACAUAAAGACUGUGGAAUGUUAGAUUGUCUACAGUCUAAAUUAUGGACUAUACUGAUGAGGAAAUUUUAACUCUCUUAUGGAGAAAUACCAAGUUACUGAUUUUAUAAUUAAGUCAUUUAUAUCUAUGAAGUGAACUUAACUGCAGAUUGCACUGUGAAUGUGCAUACAUUGUGUAUAUAUAUAUAGUAUUGUGUUGUUUGUAAAUGCAUUUCUUUCCACAAACUGCAAAUAGUGGAAUUUACUUUCUGUCCUUUCAUUGUAUCAGUGCUCUUUAUGUUCAGGUUACAGAUUUCAUUGACAGUCAGCCACCUUUUUAUUUUUGUCUGUAGUUGUUUUAAAGGCUCAAACAAGUACUUUUCUAAAUGUUGUUAAUGUAGAAACUGUGAAUCUGCACCUCACAAUGGACUUUUGGCCAAACACAACAUGCUUUCCUUUACCAUAAAGAAAAACCUGAUGAUAAAUUUGGCGUCAGCAUUGAUAUCUGUUGUAAAUAAGUGUUUUCAAAUCUUGAGCUCAGGAUGCCAUGUGACUCUGAUUUGGUAGUGUGAUAUAAAUAUAAAAGGUUUCAUUUCACCAUUUCCUUUUCAAUGUUUAAAUGUAACUGAGAACAUGUUCAUAAUAUAGUGAUGUUUUCUAUGUUGUGCUGCUUCAGCAAAAAAAGAUAAACUGAUUAGUUGGUGACAUGUCUGUGUUGUAAAUUUUUGUGACAAUGAUUGCUAUAUUAUGUGAACAGUCACUUUGGAAAGAGGUCUGUGCACUGUGACAACAUGUUUGUGUCAAUCAGUAUUAUUAAGAUUUUUUUAUUUCUGUAAAACUGCAACUGAGAUCAGUAUCAAGAAUAGUAUUUCCAUGAAAAUGUUUUAGAUGUUUUUUUCUUUUAGACCACAAAGCUUCUUUUAUUUGUGUAUACAUAUGAAAAAUGUUGUUGCCACAAUGUAAAACUACUGAAAACAGACAUUUAAGUCAUGCAAACAGCACCAUUAUUUGACAAAUUAUUAAAUGUGAAUGUCUUUAU